CCUACCAUCCUAUGGGACAGCCCCACAAUAACAAACUAUCUGGCCCAAAAUAUUAAUCAGUAGUGCUGAGGGUAAGGAAACCCAGUUCUAGAAACUUGAAAAACAGACUAUAUGAAGUAUAUCUGUAUCCUUGAAGUAUAUUUAUUUAGAAGAGAAAUAUGUAAAUAUAAAAGCACCUGUAAAGUGAGAUCUGGCUCUCUUAGGAAUGUUACCUCAGAAGUGUAUUCACUUAAUACCUAUGAUGGUUAAUUUUAUGUGUCAACUUAACUGGGCCAGAGGUAGCCCAGAUAGUCAAGCAAAAAUUAUUCUGAGUGUUUCUGUGAGGGUGUUUUUAGAUGAGGUAGACAUUUUAAGGGGAGGAUUUGAGUAAAGCAGAUUGCCCUCCCUCUUGUGGGUGGGCCUCUUCCUGUUAGUUGAAAGCCUAAAUAGGACAAAAGGUUGACACUGCUCACCCCCACACACCCUCCACAAACCACUCCACCCCACCCCCCCACAAAUAAGAGAGAAUUCUGAUUCCAACUGAAACAUUGGCUCUUCCUAUUGAUAGCCUUCAAACUGGGACCUCGGCUCUUCCUGAUUUUACAGCACCUUUUGGCCAUUAGACUCAAAUCAAGACAUCAGCUCGGCAGAUUUUGGACUUGCCAGCCUCCUCCAUAACGACGGCCAAAAUGAAGAGGACAUCUGAGGAAAGUCAGUCCCGAUUGCCAGACAACUCUGCCCUGAAGCAGCAGCAAUUGCCUGCCUACCGGCUACAGCUCACAGCCACUGGAGUCCUCUCUGGCUUUUUUGCAACAGGAGUAUUCUGCCUUGGUGUUGGCAUCAUUCUUAUAUUGUCUGCAAAGAGUAUCAAGGAAAUAGAGAUUAAAUACACAAAAAUCUGUGGAAAUUGUGCAAAACUGCGAGAAGAUGCCACUAAUUUUGACAAAGAAUGCACCUGCUCUAUUCCCUUUUACCUUUCAGAGACAAUGCAGGGUAAUGUUUAUAUGUACUACAAACUGUACGGCUUCUAUCAGAAUCUCUAUCGAUAUAUUCUGUCCAGAAGUAAUAGCCAACUGUUGGGUACAGACUUAAAGGAUGUUGGAAGCUGUGCUCCAUUUAGCAAGUCCCAUGAUGGGACUCCCAUCGCUCCUUGUGGUGCUAUUGCCAACAGCAUAUUCAAUGAUACCAUUAUUCUUUCAUACAACCUGAAUUCCUCUAUACCUAUUGAAGUCCCAAUGCUAAGAAGUGGAAUUACAUGGUGGACAGAUAAGUAUGUCAAGUUUCAAAAUCCAAGGUCCAAAAAUCUUUCUACCGCAUUUGCAGGGACCACAAAGCCUCCAUCCUGGGUGAAACCCGUCUAUGAACUGGAUAAAGAGGAUCCAGAAAACAAUGGCUUCCUCAAUGAUGACUUCAUUGUGUGGAUGCGGGCAGCCGCCUUUCCCACUUUCAAAAAACUGUACCGUCGACUCAAUCGAAUACAGUACUUUACUGAAGGCUUGCCUGCUGGUAACUAUAGUUUUAACAUUACAUAUAAUUUUCCAGUAACGAGGUUUAGAGGAGAAAAAUCAGUUGUUCUUUCCGCCUUGACAUGGAGUGGAGGCAGUAACCUUUUCUUAGGUCUUGCCUACACAGUGACAGGAGCAGUGACAUGGUUGGCCUCCUUUUCCAUGAUGGCAAUUCACUUGAUGCUGAAAGACCGGAAAAUGUUCUUCAUCCAGCAAUAAAGUCAAGUUUUAAGAAGAAAAGCAGAAAGCACAGAAAUGGACAAUGAAGUAACUAGCAGAGCCAAAGAUUUGUGACUAGGCUCAAAAUGACUGAGAUAUUUCAUCAAGGGGAACUGGAUUGACCGACCAAGUACAAUCCCAGAUAGGUAAAUAAUGAGAGAUUCAGAGUGAAGAAGAGGAGGAAGACAGGGAGGAAGAGGAGGAGGAAGAGGAAAAGGCAUAGUUAUGUAUAGUAAAAUGUCCUUAGAAUGGAGAAGAUAAAUCAUCCUUAAGUUCUAAACCAAGUCUCGGGUAUUCAUUUGAAGGCUAUGUGCCUGGAGGUAGGUGAAUGCCUAGGAGACAGUGCCAUCAUUAGACAAGAGUAAGUAAGCCUGGGGUCCCCAAAAUUAGAUGAAUCCUUUAACCUCAAUCAGGCUCAGACCAUGAGUCUUCAUUGCCAGGUCGAAAUUAUAGACUUUUUAACAAUUGUUGAACAUCAAAUUGAGCAAUCAGGAUGAUUUUUGAAAACUGAUUUAUUCAGUUUCUAUGGAUUCAAAGUUAAGUUUUCUUUGCUAAGAAUAUACCAAGCAAAGAUUGUGGAGUGUCUGGAACACCCACAAUACAGCAAUUCACCAAAAGAAAGGCCAGAGGUUUCCCUGAAGUUAUUCAUGUAGCCAAGAGGGAAGCACUGAAAGUUACUGAUUCUCUCAAAAGUUGUAUUCAUCAUUUAAGGGCACAAAAAAAGUCUCAAACUUAUAUUGGGAUGACAUAUUCUGGGAUGCAAAUGAUGACAUGUAUUUAUAAUACUUGAAUCACAUGUGUUGAGGGAGCUUUUCAGGGUCCAUCUUAAGAUGUUUGAAUUCCUGGGAUGCCUGGGUAUUUCAGUCGGUUAAGCGUCUG